UUGUCGAGCAGGCGUUGCGGUUACGACACUCAAUCAAGUAGCCGCAAUAUAUUUACAUUAACGGGCGUGAGAGCGUAUCGGCUGCUUCUCCAGUUGAGAUGCAGAGCUGGCUAAAAAUUUCUCUGCUCUUGUGUCUGUUCGGUUUCUUUCGCGAGCUGAGACCCUCGGAACCCUUUGUCACCGAGUAUUUGGCUGGCGAUUGGGGCAACGUGACAACAGAGCAAAUCUCUCAAGAUGUUUAUCCCUUUGGCACCUAUGCCGUGCUCGCCCAAUUGGUGAUCGUGUUUCUCAUUACGGAUCUGCUGCGCUACAAGCCGAUUAUUGUGCUCUCCUCGAUAGCUGGCAUAAUUUUGUUCUCGUUUCUACUGUGGACGGACACUAUCUUUGAGCUGCAGUUGGCACAGCUAUUCUAUGGCUUCUUCACCGCCGCUGAGGUGGCCUAUUACACAUACAUGUAUGCGAAAGUGGAUCGGGAACGCUAUCAAGUGGUCACCGGACAUACGCGAGCCGCGAUUUUGGCUGGCAAAUUUCUCGGUGGCGUGAUUGCCCAGCUGCUCGUCUCCACGGACAGUAUGAGUUUUCGUGGCCUACAUUUCAUUUCGCUGAGCACGCAGGUGAUAUCGCUGGUCAUCUCAGUGCUGCUGCCAAGUGUGCCACGAAGUCUCUACUUUUACUCCACUAAAACGCAUCAUUCAGAGGCAAAGGCUGUUGUAUUAGUUACUACGGACGAAACAGCUCCAAAGUUCUCUUUGAGCAAUGCUGGUCGCCUGCUAUGGUAUCAUCUCGCCUCCUCGUAUACGAAUCCUGUGGUGCUUCUGUGGAGCGUCUGGUGGGCUUUGGCCAUUUGUGGACAAAUACAGGUCAUAUCCUACAUACAAUUUCUGUGGAAGGAGCUGGCGCCCGAAAAGCAGAGUAAUUACAAUGGCGGAGUCGAAGCGGUGGCCACCCUGCUGGGCGCCAUUGGAGCCAUCCUGGCUGGCAUGUUGAACAGCAAUAGCAAACGCAGCUUCUACAUGCUGAUCAAUUCCAUUUGUGUCGCUGUUCUGGGCGCACUUUUACUGCUAGCGGCGUGUGGCAAUAGCGUUUGGCUGGCCUACGUUAGCUACGUGAUCUUCUGUGCCGUGUUCUUCUUCAUCAUCACAGCGGCCGCUGCCAUAGUGGCCGAGAACCUGGUGGACGACAGCUUCGGCCUGAUCUUUGGCAUCAAUAUGCUGGUGGCACUGGUACUGCAAACCAUUUUAACCAUUGUCGUAGUAACGGACACCGGAUUUGGUCUGCCUCCAAAAACGCAGUAUAUUGUGUACGGCGGCUAUUUCAUUGUCUUGGGCGCAGCUUAUUUGCUGCUACAGCUGUUACUUAAGAUAUUUGCAAAAAAAUCUCCUGCAAUAAAUGCGUCUUGAAUAUCCAUAAUA